UGGCACCAACGUAUUGCUGCUGCAAUAAGAUAAGGUAGCACUAGGAUGUAAAGGUAAGUUGUAAUGAAGGAAAAGGGCAAGAAUCCAUCAAUCCAUGGAAUAUGACCAUCUGGGAAUCUGUUUUUAUGUGAUUUGAGCUGGUGUCUUUGGGUGAAAUUGGCAGUUAAAGUUGCUAUCAUAUCAGAUAUGUUAGUCAAAACCCCUACAGAACAGUAAAAAAAAGGGCAUGAAAGAAAGGACAUCCUAAAGCACAUACCAUAUACUGUACGAGAGAGAGAAAAAAAAAGACAUUUUGCAAAACCAAGAGUAAAAAUUUUGACAUUUCAGGUGUGCUUUGGGAUUCCAAUAUUAUAAUAAUAGUUUGUCUUCACAUUCCUCGCAAAAAACAGUGAAAACUCAUAAGUCUAGGACUUUUCAGGUCACCUUCUUCAAUCGAAGAGGACUCUUCUUUUUUUUUUUUCUUUAAUUUGCCCCCACCCCGCCAUCCUUUUAACUGUUCAUGGAUCCCAAGGGCUCCAAGCAGCCUCCACAGGAAGUACCCAACUUCCUGAGCCUGCCACCACAACCCCAACAACAUCCUCAACCACAACAACAGCAGCAACAGCCUCAAAACAUGGGUGAGAAUAAACCAGCUGAAAUCAAGGAUUUCCAGAUUGUUAUUGCAAAUAAAGAAGGGAAGAAACAACAGUUGGCCCCAAAGAGAAGUUCUAACAAAGACAGGCAUACCAAAGUUGAAGGAAGAGGUAGAAGGAUAAGGAUGCCUGCUUUAUGUGCAGCUAGAAUCUUUCAGUUGACCAGGGAAUUGGGUCACAAAUCUGAUGGGGAAACAAUACAGUGGCUGUUACAACAAGCUGAACCAUCAAUAAUAGCCGCCACCGGGAGCGGAACGAUACCAGCAUCAGCUUUGGCAGCUACUGGAGGCUCAGUUUCACAGCAAGGGGCCUCUCCAUCAGCAGGGUUGCACCAAAAGAUGGAAGAUUUAGGGGGGUCCAGUAUAGGGUCAGGGAGCAGUAGGACCAGUUGGGCAAUGGUUGGUGGCAAUUUGGGGAGACCCCAUCAUGUGGCAACAGGGUUAUGGCCCUCAGUCCCUGGUUAUGGUUUUCAGUCAUCAUCUGGUCCAUCUACAACAAAUUUAGGCAGUGAAAGUUCUAAUUAUCUGCAAAAGCUUGGGUUUCCUGGUUUUGACUUGCCAGCUACUAACAUGGGUCAGAUGAGUUUCACCUCAAUCUUGGGUGCGGCUAACCAGCAGCUCCCUGGUUUGGAGCUUGGGUUGUCUCAAGAUGGUCAUAUUGGGGUUCUAAAUCCUCAAGCUUUGAGCCAGAUUUAUCAGCAGAUGGGGCAGGCUAGGGUGCAGCAGCACCAGCCAGCAUCAGCAUCAGCACCAGCACCAACACCAACACCAGCAACAACCCCCUGCCAAGGAUGAUUCCCAAGGAUCAGGCCAGUAAAGUUAUAAACUUUGGGAGCAAGAUUAAAAAAAGUAGCAUUCCUGAGAGAGGAUGCUUUUUCCUUGUAAUGGUUUCAGUAUUGUAUAAUUGGGAAAGAAAAAGAGUGAGAAAAACGAAUACUUUGCCUCUCAGAAUUCUAUAGGGACUGGAUGGAUUUUGUUU